AUGUUUUUGAAUGGUGUCGAAAGAGCCAAUCGAAGGAGCAAAGAUGGAUAUGGACCUAUAAGAAAUACUCGCUCUCUAAUUAUUAGAUCUUUUAAUGAAGUUAAUCUAAACACAGAAAGUAAAAUUAUCGUAUCAAACCUUGGAUAUAAAGUGUCCGAAGCAGAUUUAUACGAGCUAUUCGGUCAGAUGAUAGGUCCCGUAUGUGAAAUCACGCUCGACUAUGAUAAAUUCGGUCGUUUUAAGGGAUCAGCAAUAGUUGUUUUUGCUAGAGGGGGUGAUGCAGCUAAAGCGGUAGAACGAUUUCGAGGCGUGACAUUAGAUGGUCAAGAAUUGAAGAUCGAAGUAAUUGUUAUGCCGCGGUCUCGCAGACUUGGGCAAAGGAUUGGAUCUAAAAGUGAUUUGAAGAACGAACAAUUUAGAGGCGGAAGGGGGCGUGGAAGAUCACAGGGACCAGUUCCUACCAAAGAUCAACUUGAUGCCGAACUAGAUGAAUAUAUGCAAAUCGAGGUGAAUAUUAAUGGUUGA